AUGUGGGCGGCUCUUAAGGGACAUAGAGAAGUGGUUGAGUUACUUGUGACUAAAGGAGCCAACGUGACACUUACGGAUAGAUUCGGUAUCAACAUCCUUCACUCAGCCAGUCUAGGAGGAGAUGUAGAUGUGGUGAAGUAUGUCCUCUCACAUGACAUGGCGGACAUCGAUAGUAGAGCACAGUGCAAAAGAACACCUAUGAUGCUGGCAGCAGAGAAUGGACAUAAAGAAGUCGUAGAGUCACUUGUGGGUGAAGGAGCUGACAUGUCACUUGUGGAUGAACAAAGUGACAACAUCCUUCACUGUGCCUGUAGGGGAGGACAUCUGGAUGUAGUGAAGUACAUUGUCUCACAGGGCAAGGUGGACAUCAACAGCAGAGGAUCGAAGAAGAAGACACCGGUGAUGUUUGCAGGACGAUGGGGACAUAAGGACGUGGUAGAGUUUCUCGUUGAACUUGGAGCUGAUUUGUCGCUCGUAUAUGAAGGUGGUAGCAGCGUACUUCACUUGGCCUGUUUUGGAGGACAUCUAGAGGUGGCGAAAUACAUUGUAUCAAAGGGCAAGGUGAACAUCAACAGCAGAGGAUGGAAGAAGAAGACACCAGUGAUGGUGGCUGCAGCAAAGGGACAUAAGGAUGUGGUGGAGUUUCUGGUGGAGCACGGAGCUGAUUUGUCACGUGUAUAUGCCGGUGGUAGCAGCACACUUCACUUGGCCAGUUGGGGAGGACAUCUGGAUGUAGUGAGGUAUAUCGUCGCACAGAACAAGGUGAACAUCAACAGUAGAGGAUGGAAGAAGAAGACACCAGUGAUGGUAGCAGCAGAAAUGGGGGAAAAGGACGUGGUGGAGUUUCUGGUGGAGCACGGAGCUGAUUUGUCACGUGUAUAUGCCGGUGGUAACAACAUCCUUCACUUGGCAUGCAAGGGAGGGCAUCUGGAGGUGGUGAAGUAUAUUGUCUCACAGAACAAGGUGAACAUCAACAGAAGAGGAUGGAAGAAGAAGACACCAGUGAUGGUGGCAGCAGCAGAGGGACAUCAGAAACUGGUGGAGUUUCUCAUCAGAAAAGGAGCAGAUGCUAUUGGCUUAAAGAGGUGA